UUCCCAUCCGCACACCCAAAAACACCAAUUAUCCAAAACACUUUCGUAUAACUUUCCUUUGUAGAAGAUUAAGCUCAACCUCAAAACCCACCAUGUUAACCCACCUCUCUCUCUUAUCACCAUCUUCCUCUUCCACCAUUCGACUCCACAACACAAAACCCAAAUCCCUCUUUCACCCUUUUCCACCUUCAUCAUACCCAUCUUCAAAUCUCACUUUUCUCCACAGAAAACCAUACCCACAUGAAAAAACCACAUACCCACAUACCAAAAACAACACCUUUAAACCUUCAGCCUUAGCAGACUUCGGUUUUGGUAACUUUGAGAGUGCUCAAUCUGUGUUGGAAGCUGUUUCUGUUCUCACUGCAAUCAUUGUUGUUCAUGAAAGUGGUCAUUUUCUUGCUGCGUAUCUUCAGGGGAUUCAUGUGAGUAAAUUUGCAGUUGGGUUUGGUCCAAUUUUAGCUAAAUUUAAUGCUAACAAUGUUGAGUAUUCGUUACGAGCGUUUCCUUUAGGUGGGUUUGUGGGGUUUCCUGAUAAUGAUCCUGAUAGUGAUAUUCCUGUAGAUGAUAAGAAUUUGUUGAAAAACAGGCCUAUUGUUGAUAGAGUGCUUGUGAUUUCAGCUGGUGUGAUUGCCAAUAUUGUUUUUGCAUAUGUUAUUAUUUUUUUACACAUAGUGUUUGUUGGAAUGCCUAUUCAGGAGUCGUUUCCGGGUGUCGUUGUGCCCGAGGUUCGCCCCUUUUCGGCUGCUUCCCGAGACGGGUUGUUACCCGGGGACGUUAUUCUUUCGGUUAACGACGUUGAGAUACCGAAAUCUGUCCCAAAUUCGGUGAAUUCGGUUUCUCAAGUUGUUGAUGUUAUUAAGAAAAGCCCGAAAUCGAGUGUGCUUUUUAAGGUGGGUAGAGGAGGGGAGGAUUUUUUUAUCAAGGUUACGCCGGAUCAGAAUUUAGACGGUAGUGGACGAAUCGGGGUCCAGUUAGCCCCGAAUGUUAAGAUUUUGAACGAGAAGCCGAAAGACGUGUUGGAAGCGUUUAGUUUCACGGGGCGUGAGUUUUGGGGAUUAACGUUUAACGUUGUGGACAGUUUGAAACAAACAUUCCUUAAAUUUUCGCAAACUGCAAGCAAGGUUUGGGGUCCUGUUGCAAUCAUAGCCGUCGGUGCAGAAGUUGCAAAGUCGAAUAUUAACGGGUUGUAUCAAUUUGCCGCCAUCUUGAAUCUGAAUCUUGCAGUGAUUAAUCUGCUUCCGUUGCCUGCUUUAGAUGGGGGUUCUUUGGCUUUGAUUCUCGUUGAGGCAAUACGAGGUGGGAGAAAGCUCCCUUUAGAAGUGGAACAAGGGAUAAUGUCGUCGGGGAUUACACUCGUCUUCGUUCUUGGUAUUUUCCUUAUUAUUCGUGACACGUUAAACCUCGAUUUCAUCAAGGAUUUGUUGUGAUCAGGUACUGUUUCGAUCCGUUGUUGUAUUAUUUGUGUUAUAUCCAGUUGGAUGGUUCUUAAAUGUGAUUUAUGAUAUACGUUCCUUGUUGUUGAUGUUAUAUUCAUCUCACUGGAAUUAAAGAUAGAAGAAGAUACAUCCACAUACUUUAAUUUGUGUUAAUAUUACAAAACAAGAUUCAUUUGCAGCA